CUGGUCACUCAUCUUACCUCAAAGCUGCAGACAAUACCAAUGAGUGAGAAGUUGGCUGUGGAUGAGCAGAUGGUCCCUUUCAAGGGAAGAAAUAGACUCAAGCAAUACCUGCCAGCUAAGCCAAAGAAAUGGGGCUACAAGAUAUUAAUCUUGGCUGGCUCUGAUGGUGUCCCGCACAAUUUUGAGAUUUACACAGGGAGAGUUGUGCAACCACCUGAGCUGCCAGAUGUAGGAGCAAGUGGCAAUGUUGUCCUCCGCCUGGCCCAGCCAAUACCCAGACAGCAGAACUACAAGGUGUUCUUUGACAACUGGUUCACGAGUGUCCCUCUCAUUCUCACACUUGCUCAGCAGAGAAUUCACUGUACUGGUACUGUUCGUAGCAACAGACUACCAGGUGUCAACUUGAUGUGUGAUGUUGAGUUGAAGAGAACUGGGCGUGGAUCUUUAGAACAGAAGAUGGCCAUGGUUGGAGAAACCACCUUGCAUGCUGUGAAAUGGUAUGAUAACCGUUCAGUCAGUCUUCUCAGCAAUUACAUUGGAGCACACCCAGUCACCGACGUUGAUAGGUGGGAUGGCAAGCAAAAAAAAAUCAUCAAAGUUCCCUGUCCUGCUGUGGUGAGAGAGUACAAUAAGAAUAUGGGUGGAGUGGAUCUGCUGGACUCCCUCAUUGCACUGUACCGCAACAAAAUCAGGUCGAAAAAGUGGUACCAUCGGCUGAUGUUCCACUUUAUCGACAUGACCAUCGUGACUGCCUGGCUGCUCUACAAGAGAGACUGCAGCAGCAGUGGGAUGAGAAAACAGGAACAGAUGAGGCUUUAUACAUUCAAGUCAUAUAUUGCAGAAAGCUUGUGCAAAAGUGGAAAGAAUCUGGAGCGUAAGAGAGGUCGUCCCAGUUCCACAAUUGCUGGGGACUUGGAGGCGAGAAUCGUCCUGGACACCAGAGGAGUUGUGGUUCGUUUGAAAAAAGACGACCGAGAUCGACUACACGAAUCUAUAUAUGGCGUCUAG